UGGCCAUUCCAAGCUUCUCCCAUUCUCCAUUAUUCUCAGAUUAUCUGGGCUUGCAAAGCAUGUGUUCGUCCAUGUCCCGUAGCAGUGCGACACCACCGCCAUCUCAUCACACGAGCAACCAGAUGCCGCCACUCCCGCUCAUCCGUUGCCCCGAAUGCAACGCCGGCUACGUCCUGUGGUUUGUCUCCGGGACAGAACUAAACCCAGGGAGGCACUUCUACAAGUGCGAACGGCAUGGGCAUGGAGGGUGCAAGUUUUGGAAGUGGGAGAACAAGUACAUACAGUACUUAAGCCAGCGGUGGGGACAUCUGAUUUCGCACGCGUUGGUUCAUCGCCACGUCGCGCUGCUCGAGCAGAACCAUGCAUUCCUGAAGAACAUAUUGAUGCUGUGCCUCGCGAAUUUGGUGGUCAUGGUCACUAUCUUCCUCCUCAAGUUCUGAAGCACCACCCCGUCCUGCGUACGUAGUGUCGUACUCAUACAUGCCUUCGUCUUGCUGCCGCUCAGUGGAGUUUGAUGUACCCACCGCAUUGCCAUGGCCACGCACAGGGCAAUGUCGUA